AAAAUUUUACCAACAUUUUUCUCUUCUCAUAUCAAAGUUUCUCUCUCAUUUCUUCAUCACACUUCACUGCCCUGUUUUUUUUCCUCAUUUUGAAUAGUUCUCAAACUUAUAUAUUUUUCCCCCUGAAGCCUAGCUAUUUCUUUUUAUUUGCAUUAAUCUCGGGAUCCGAAUCGAAAAAAGCAAUCAGAAUAAUAGACUUGUACGAUACUUGUGCCUAAGCUAACACAAUGGCAGAGGAAUACUACAGCCUCCGCUCGGAGAGAGUAACUCAGCUUCUUGUCCCUAACUCGGAGUCUGACUCAGUGAGUGACAAAAGCAAAGCUGAGCAAAGCGAGAAGAAGACUAAACGUGGGAGAGACUCCGGUAAACACCCUGUUUAUCGCGGAGUAAGGAUGAGGAACUGGGGAAAAUGGGUGUCGGAGAUUCGUGAGCCGAGGAAGAAAUCACGUAUUUGGCUGGGAACUUUCCCGACGCCGGAGAUGGCGGCGCGUGCACACGACGUGGCGGCUCUGAGCAUUAAAGGAACGGCCGCUAUACUAAACUUCCCUGAACUCGCUGACUCAUUCCCUCGACCCGUUUCAUUAAGCCCUCGAGACAUUCAGACAGCAGCUCUUAAAGCAGCUCACAUGGAACCGACGACGUCGUUUUCAUCUUCCACGUCUUCGUCGUCGUCUUUGUCUUCUACGUCUUCGCUCGAGUCUCUUGUGUUGGUGAUGGACCUCUCGAGGACUGAGUCGGAGGAGCUCGGUGAGAUUGUGGAGCUUCCAAGUCUCGGGGCGAGUUACGACGUCGACUCGGCUAACCUUGGGAACGAGUUUGUCUUCUAUGACUCAGUUGACUACUGUUUAUAUCCGCCGCCGUGGGGACAGUCGUCCGAAGAUAACUAUGGUCACGGAAUUAGCCCUAAUUUUGGCCAUGGCUUGUCAUGGGAUCUCUAACAGUUUAUUUUGUAUCAUUACCAUAAUGUUUUGUUUAAAACAGUUUAUUUUGUAUCAUUGCCAUAAUGUUUUGUUUAAUCACGUUUUUAAAACCCUUUGCUGUUUUUGUUUUUUUUUUGAGUUUUUUGGUGUUAGCUAAGAAAGGUUUUUUUUUUUUUUUUUUUUGGAGCGGGUGUGAGCUCCAUAAUGAUACGUGUACAAAACUCUAUUUGUGUUUUUUUUUUGUAAUAUAUAAAUAUCGGGUUUUUUUGUCGGAAAAGAAGGGAAAAUAAAGUGAUUUUUUUGUAAGUAUCAUCAAAUGAAUAAGCGAUAAAUAAAAGUCCACUAACUUUAUGA